GAGAGUCACUUGGGGCAGAAUCGAAGAAAUCUCGUUUGUUUUCCUUUCUUUCUCUCUCGCGCGGAGAGUGACGUCACAGGGACGCACAGAUUCGGGAAGGAGGUUUUAAAUCAGCAUGUGCGGGGGCUGCGUGAAGACGGAGUACCCGCCUCGGGGUACUACUUGCUUGGAGAAUGGAUCUUAUUUAAUGAACUAUGUUGGUUGUAUUGAAUGCAAAACACGGGAUUUUGUGAUGAUUGUGAACAAAGCAACAGAAGAAGAGGAUGGAGAGGAAAUUAUCACUUAUGAUCAUGUAUGUAAGAAUUGUCACCAUGUGAUAGCCAGGCAUGAAUACACUUUUGGUGUGGUGGAUGAUUACCAGGAAUACACCAUGCUAUGCAUGCUCUGUGGGAGGGCAGAAGAUUCUAUCAGUAUCUUGCCUGAUGAUCCUCAUCUGAUGACUCCAUUGUUCUGAAGUGCCUUGAUUUGAUUUUUCUCAGCUAUUGUAUCCUGUGCUAAAUGACCGAACCUCAUGGAAUAUGACAUUUACAGAACACAAAAGCCGACUGCUCAGUCCAUGUGGGAAGUCAAGUGGUAUGGGGUCAAAAAAUGGUAUCUUAGUUUACUAUCAUCAGAAGUGAUCUCUGCAAGCUAAAGGAAGAGAGAGAAAAAGUUUCAUUUGCUGAAAGCUUCAUAGAAAAGGCAGAACCUCUGCCUGCUGCUUUGGGUCUUUAAUGUUUUUUACAAGUCAGAAUGCUGUGGUCAGUGUUAUUGGCAUCGUAGGGAAUGCUGUGUUUUGCAGAAAGCUUUAAAAAGGAUCAAAACAGGAGUACCUUUUUGUGACUGUCUACCCCAGUGCAAUACCAACCAGUGCCCCCAGCUCUCCUAUUUGAAAGAGGACUCCCUAAAAGGAAAGCAUUCUGAUCUGCAGGAGAUGCAAAAAAUGUAUGAGAAAUGUUAUUGUUCUUGCAAAGGUGUUAGGGGAAAAUUGCCUUUUCCAAAGCCAUCCAGCACACUAUGUAGAAAUAGAGAAAAGGCAAAACCAGGUUACUUGAGGGAUCGUCUCAUCCCACUGGGAUUGGCCUGUGCCAUUUGUGCCAGCAGAGGAGGCAUGCUGCGGGCCCUGUCAGCCUGAUAAUUCCAGCUGGCAGGGUCCAGGAGGAGGGCCUUCUCUGCUGUUGCUCCUGCCCUCUGGAACAUCUCCUCCCCCCAUGUGAGGUUGGCCCUUUUUGUAAAGGCCUAAAAAUGUAGCGGAACAGCGCAAUGGAGGUGGUUGGUUGAAUAAUAAUGGAUCCCACCUCUCCUCCACAUACACCCCACGCUUCCCAUGUGUCCUUGGUUUUAAUGUCUGAUUUUAACUUACGUUUUAACUAUAUAUAAUUGUAAGCCGCCCAGAGUUACCCUAUGGUAAGAUGGGUGACCAAUAAAUUUAAUUAAUUAUUUAACAGAAAGCUUUAGAGAAGGAUAGUACUAGUCCGUGUUUCUCGGCUGUUUCUGUGCCCCAAAUGAAAGAAGACUCCAUUUUCUUUCCAAGUUUUCCAGAAUGUAUGGUUGACUCAUAGGACAGUCAUGUAGCUUCACGCUCAUUAGAAAAGGAACAGAUGAAGAAAUCUUGCUGAUUCUAAUCUAAAUAAUUGCAUUGAUGUGAACUUCCCAAGCCAUGGGAUACAUGCCCUCUGAUAUGCUAAAGGCAGUUCCUGAGUCAAAGGGGGAAAUUAUCUUUUGUAUUGGCACAUCAUAUAUUGGGUGAUUUGUUUAUAAAGUAAAUGAAACAAAGCUGAAAAAAAGUUGGCAUUAUGGUACUUGUUUGCUUGGAUUUCCUUUAUCAAUAGGACCUUCAUUAAUUUCAUUGGGAAAGAUACACAUCAGUUCAGAAGAUCAGAAAAGGGUAACUUUUUCACAGAACUGUAUUUGAUUCAGCAAGGCUGCCUUCUGCUGUUCGUUGAUGGUGCCAGCCUGUGGUAUAUGGCCUAUUUCAAUUAGGAUUUCACUGUGAAAUUAGGUAGGGAGAGCUGAUCUGAGACUAAUUAAACUGAAGUUUCAUCUUUAAGGAACUUAGUCAAGGGCCAUAAAUCUUUAGCCACUGAACCGUUUUUUGAAUGCAAAUUACCUUAAACUGCUAUCAGCAAAUGUAAGCUUCAGUUCUCCUAUGUAAAAUUAGAAAGGGACCUGGUGUCUGCUAAUGGAUUCUAGAAGCAUUCCUCUCUAUGGAAAUUGGUCCUUUUAGAAAGACUGUACUGAUCCUGAUAGUGGUAUCUGCCCUUACUGUAACUUGCAUUAGCAAACUUCUCUGAUGUGGAUUGGAUGACUGCUUUUUGCCAAAGAUUUUGAAGAUGAUGCAUGAUUACUUUGCCUGCCCAAUGAAGCAACUAGGAACUGAUUUUUAACUGCAAGACUAAAACUAAAACGGGUCAUCUUGCCAAGCUAUUUAUGAGCAUAGAAUAUCAAACACUCAAGGCCAGUUGGCAUGGUAAAUCGGUGGAAGGAAUAGCUCUAUAAUUGCCAGACACUGGAAAUAAAUUAUAAGACUGUCACUUUGGGAAGUAUAAUAGAUCUUGUAACGCAAUUCUGGUUACAUACUUAAUUACAAUUUGACCUAAACUGGUAUUGUUGAUAAUCUGCUAUCUAAAUUAUUGAAAUGUGCAAAAAAUAUUUGAAUGUAUUUAGAAGUUUGUUGUGAAAUUAAGAUUUCUUUAUUCUUUUUGUUAGUUAAGAUAGUGAGCACGGGUAAUAAUUGCUAACCUGCUCGACAUCGCUAAUGCGUGCUGAAAGCAUCGAGGGACAUAUACAUACUUGGUGGUGGUGGCGCUGGGUGAAGGCGGCCGUAUGCGGGGUGUGGGGUGGUGGUAUCGGGUGCGACGGAAUUAGGGCCGUUCCGGAGGACACAGCGGCAGCACCUUCCAGAACACGCUGAAGACCAAUUACGCCCCUAAAAGAGGGGCGUGGUAAUAAACAAGGGCGCGGUCCUAAUGAGUUAAUGGAAAGAUGGGCUAUAUAAACGCCCCAUUCUUGGUGUAACGUAGCGCCGAUUUCAGUCGUGUUUACAAAUCACAGUGUGUAGCCGGAUGCGGAUGCGAAUAAACCAGCGUGCCAAAAAGAGCUGAAUAAGGCUGUAGCUGUGUUUUGAUUGCGUCUCGCACGGCAUUCCUGAGAUAUAGAUGACUUUAAUUUUUGUCAAGAGAGCAUACAGCAUACAUAUUAUCCUCUCUUAAUGACCACAAUUGAGCCUGGAAUUUUGAUUGUAAGUCAUUGUGGUCAUUAAGGGAGUCAUCAUGUGACCUGACUUGCGUUUAUGAUCGUUUUUACAGUCAUUGUCAUUUAGCAAAUCCAUUCUCGCAAGUGGGUGUUUUUGCCAGAACCAGAAAUCAGCCAAAAAACCUUGCAAAUUGCGGUCACAUGUCUCUGGGAUGCUGCAACUGGUCAUAAAUGCAAGCCGUUUGUCAAGCAUCUGAAAUUCGAUCAUAUGAUUAUGGGGUGUGGCUGUGUACAGCAGUCAUAACUGUGAGGACGUGUUGUACAUAACUUUUUGGUUCCUUCAUAAGUGAAUGGUCGUUAAGUGAGGUUCUUUGUGCUAAAAUAAAGGUAAGUGAAACCAAUUGAGUCCAUUGUGUCUGAGCCUUGGAAGACUAGCAGCAUCUUAGGCAGGAUCACAGAUUGUUUCAGACAAAACUUCCUAACCAUCCACAUUGCUUGGUGAUAAUUUUAUCUUAAAAUUGUAUUGAUCUCAGUUCCUGGAAUGUUGGAGAAAGUGGAAUCACUAAUGAGAGUAAUGGGUUUAUUUUUUUAACUUAAAAGGAGCCCCUUUAGGACCUGACCUUUUGCUUAAAACCAUUAGGCACACAUUUGUUUUUGUUCUUAUGUUUUGCACUUGGUGCUUAAGAAGAAAUGUUUCUGGCAGCAAAUCAAAAUCUGUGAAGAGACUUGGAUUACUUUUCUUCUCUUGGCAUUUCAGAGUGUGUGAAGACUCCUGAAAACUCUCAGUUCAACAUUAGAAGGGACUGAUUCAAGAAUUAAGGCUUGCAGCUAUUCACUGUAUUCCGUGUCGGAAGGAUGGCUUAUGGUGUCCAUAUUGUAUUACUUUAUAUACUCCCAAAGUGAUGGUGGCAGAUUUACUGAUUUUAAUUUUAAUGGAGAACAAUUGAGCCAGCCUGCAAAAGCUGGACUUGCUCUUUAUGGUCCCCAACCUUUGUGGCCCGGUGGGUGAGGAAGAGGGGAACUGGGCCAUGUGAGUGGCGGACCGGCACACGUGUACAUGUGCAACUCCACUCACAUGAGCGGCAGGCUGGUGCACAUGUAUGUGCAUGCCAGGCAACCACUUGUAUGAGAUCUCAAUAUUCAUUAUUUCAUCCUUAUUGGAGAUUCUUUUAUAACUGAUUUUGGUGUUACUUUUUCUGGAAUGCAUUAGAAAGACCAAUGAAGUGAAUGGAGUUACAUUCAUGGCACAGUAAGACUGAAAUUCCAUGCACAAUUACAGGAGUAAGUUUAAUUGAAUUUAGUGGGACUUCUGACUAUGAUUGUACUGUAUAGUGAUAUCUCAUUAAAUUAGCUGGAAAUGAUUAUUUCCUCCCAUUUUUAAACACAGAUUAAUGUGGCCUUUUUGUGGAAAAAUUAAGAGUAUUAAAAAUGAAGAUAUUCCUUGACGGGAAGAGAAUGCCCUGCAGAUCUUGAGUCCCAGAACCAUAUCACAGUGUGAGCUUCUUCUAUUUCCUAUAAUACGUUCACCUGAAGACACUGAUAAAAACUAUUUUGUAUCCUUAUUAUUCAACCAUAGUGUUAUUGACAAAAGUGGGAGAAACUAGAAGGUAAAUUUUGAUAUGCUUGGCUAGAUCGCUCAUAUCAGUAAUGGUGGAGUAUAUUGUUUGAUUGGAUCGAACAACAGUCUCCUAGAGAAGCUAGUUUUUCCUUUACUUUCAAUACAACCUCUGAUUAAUUAUUUAGGAAGGAGAGAAAAAGAACAGUCCCUUGUAAUGAAUUUUAAUCAGGAGAGUCUGUCUUUCAAACCAUCCUCUUUGCAAUUAACUCUGCAGAUACUCUGAGAUCAAAGAUGUUGUUUAAGUAUGUAAUAUGUGUGUUACAAGGCAUUGCUGGAUAUACUCCACUGAAUUUAAUAGGAAUUCUGUGGUUGUUGCUAUCCAUGUGCUCCCUAUUCUUCCCAUUUUCCAAUUAAACUCUUCAUCCUUGUGUUAUUUUUAUUGGGGGUUUUUUAAUGCAAGUUCCUUAUAGUUCAGAGGUUUGGUGGUAACAAAUUUGUAAAAUAAAUAAACUAAACUAUA